CUCAUUUGCAGAAGAAACCAAGGGCGCUGUAUUACGAUAUCUUUCAGAAUCUGGAGAGCCAAGUCAUCUUGCUUUUCUUUGUGUGUUAGGAGAAGCCUUGUGCACUGUUAGGAAGACACUAUUUAUGAUGGAAACUGCUGCUGGAGCUUCAGGUGAUAGACUGGUUGAUUUGACGUCAUGGAAUGGUGACUGGUUCUUGGAUGAGAUUUACAGCACAUGUGCAAAUAUAGCUCAAUAUGUGCAGCUUUUGUUAGAUAGUCAUGUGGUUGAAAAUGUGGAACUUAAAGCUGGUUUGCAAGGAGUAAAACUUGCUCAUUUUGUUUUUAAUGCUUUAGAAGAUCUGAGCUUACAUUUUCAAAAUAUCAUAUUACCUGAGGCAAUACGGACAGCACUUGAUCCUUCGGUAAUAGAAAUGGUAGCAAAAUUGGAUAGAAUUAUUGCGCGUUGUGGUGUACCUUUGGAGAAGCUGAUAGCUGACUUGGAAUCCAAUAUUACUAAUCUUAUUUUAAAAGCUCAGGUUGGUGAAAGUAGGGUUUUAGAUACUGUGAAGAAACUUAGAAAUGAAUUUGAAUCAUUAAUGCAGAGAGCAGAACCCCAAAUAUCAGGUUUAAAUCAAGGUCAGAUGUUACUGAUGGGUUUUAAUGGCCUGUUCACUAAAGUUGACUCUGAUUUAGAAAUACUUAUAUCAUUUCUUGAUAAUUUGGGAAUUCCAACAAGUUGGCAGAAAUUAGAUGUAUAUCGUGAUACUGUAGCUCUUGCUCCUGCUAUACAUCAUCCUGCAGCACGUCCGAUACUGAAAGAUAUCUACUUUGUUCGAAAAUUAUCUGCUAUGCAACAAUCAUUUCACAUAUGCCACAAUUUUGCUGCAUCAUUGCAAAUCAACCCAAGGGCUGGAAUCAUGGAAAGGGAGGUUCAUUUAGUGACUGAUCACCAGCUUGUUAAACCUGUCAAGCAGUUCACUGCUGAUUAUGUGCGUCAUAUGGUUCUAGGUUUACCUUCUCAAGCUGUUGGUUUUGCCUUAUGCCAGUUGGUUACACAUCUGGGUUAUGAUCUUACAGCUGAAAUAGAACUGCGGGACAUAGGAGUAGAAAGUAAAGUGCCGAUAGAAGAAAUAUUAUUAAAAGCUUAUAAAUCUUGCAUUGCAGAACAUUUCUUAGAAGCUCAGUUACCAUCUUUAAGCACUCUGUUAAGUGCUUUUGAUGCUGCAUGGCGUAAAGAAGACCUGGGAAGACGCUUAGAGCAAUAUUUAGUUGUUGCAAGAGGCUGCCAACAAAGAGCUCAACUUCAGCUUACCCAAUUUCAGUGGUUAAAUGAAGAUCUUUUACUUCAGGCAAAUAUUGGACCGCUUCAGGGUUCAUCUGUAACAUCUAGACCCACACUGAUGUCUGAAAUACGAAAGACUGUUAGUGCUCUGGUGACAUAUGAUUGUGUCGUCUCUUCUGCUCAAGAUCGUUAUCUUGCACUUACUGCUGGGAUUGAGCAAAGACUCAAAUGGGCUGCAGGAGCUAAUCCUUCUUUAACUGCAGUACAAGAAGAAUUUGAAGUUGCUAUUUCUGCUAAAACUGCAAUUAUAACUAAUACAAAUCAGCUGUCUCGAGAGUUGGCGAAUGUAUGCAAUUCUAUUUUACAUUUUGAAGCUCUAAGAACACGGACAAGUGAAGCAGUUUCUUCAGAUAACACUUUUUUAGCUCUCAUAAACAGAUGUAAAGAAACUUGUGAAUUAGCGGAAAGCUGCCAAAGUCAAAUAAAUACUCUUGAAGAACAUCUUAUUUCAUUAAUGCCAUUGGAAAAAGAUGGAGUUACAACUGAGUGGCUGACGUCUGUAAUUAAAAAAGUAUCAUUGUCUUUAAGCUCUUGCAGAGAAAAACUGGAGCACCAAAAGUCUCUCACUUGUAUUUGUUGGGAAUCCUUACAUCAAGAAGUUGUUCAUGUUCAUGAUUUAUUCUCAGUGCAUCACAAGUUAAUGUCUGAAGUGAGACAUAUCCUUAGGAAUCUAGCCAAACAUGAAGAACAAGAACUUGGUGUUGAUUUUAAAUGUGAGGGAAGAGUGCAUCGUUACAUGGCAUUUUAUAAAGAAUUUUCUGAACGUACUUCAUCUAUUGUGAGCAAACUUCUUGCAGAAUCUCAAGAUAUGGAUCUGAGUAGCUUAGUGGCUGUUGAAGAGGAAAUACCAGCACUUUGUGUUAGUGCUGCAGAAAUAUACAAUCAACUUAUAGAUUUAGCUGGCCCUUUAGGAAACAGACAACGAGGACUUACAGAAAGUGAGAGUUCUAAACAAAAAAAUCAGAUGAAGAAAAGUUUGCUAUCACCUAUGUGUGAGGUGGUUUGUUUACAUUCUCCAGGUAUGCGCCCGAAAACUCCCGUGAGAAGUGGCACCCCCAAGAAGUCAGCAGUAAUGCGAGAUCCUCAUACUGGAAAAGCUGUUCAAGAGCGCAACACAUAUGCAACUAAUGUGUGGAAACGCAUAAAAAUGAAAUUAGAUGGAAGAGAUCCUGAACCAAAUAAAAAGUCCAGCAUUUCUGAACAGGUUGACUUCGUCAUUAAGGAGGCUACCGACCUGGAAAAUCUAGCAGUUCUGUAUGAAGGCUGGACCCCAUGGGUGUGAUUUAACUAUCCAGUACCUCCUGUGCGAGGUCCAGUUUCAUCUCUAUGCAAGCAAGGGUCAAAUUACUUGACCCACUCAUACCAGUGUGGACGAGAAGGCGUGCUUGUUAUUGUCAUUGUCUCGCCAACACUCGUCCAUCAUCCAACGCAGAGCUUGCCCCAAUCACUACAAAAGCGUCGCUCCAUGACCACUAAUUGCAGGCAAGACAUCCUCUAGCAUCCGAAUGACACAGGAGAUGUACCGGUUGCUACAUUACUUCAGAGCAGAUAUUGUGAGAAUUACGUUUACAACUAUCUUAAACAAAUGACUGUUUAAAGGGUGCAUUCUAGUCUUUUCUUUCUCCUCUUUUUGAACAUUUUAGCAGUUUAUCAUUAUAUUGUUAAUGGGAUUAAAGGGCAUUGUUUAAUUACAUUAUAGGAUUGCAAUCUGUAUAUUCUGCUCAGAAGCUUUUAUCAUCUCAAUUUUGAAUUUUGUGCAUUAAAUAUAUUUUUACAUGCUUUUCAUUUUAAUAGAUAACUAUAAAUUCAUUUCUGGCUUAAUUUAUUAAGUAAGCAUCUGAAUUAAUUCCCCCCCCCAAUAAAAGUUCUAAUUUUGAGGUUAUUGCUUGCCUAUUUUUAUAGAUUUGUUUAAAUUUUGUUUUGGUGCUAAUGCGGUUUUAUGUAUUUUUCUAUGAAUACAAAAAGAUGGAAGAUUAAAAAUAUUGUUAGAUGUGAUUUAUGAAAAUAGCUAAUGUGUUGUAAUGGAAUUUACUUCAUACAUGUUCAAUAUAUAUAAAAAGCGUAAUUUUUUUAACAAGGCAUAUCACUAUACUAAUUUGUCUAAUACAUGGAGAGAAAUGUAGAAAUUAUUAAAUAUGAGCGUAUUUGUUUAUUGAAUUUCUGAAUAUAUUGUGCAGAUUUUCUUUUUAUCUAUAAAACAAAAAAGAAUCCAAAGGUUGGAAGGUGUCAGAGCAUCUAAAAAAUAGAUCUCUGAUUGCAAUUCUGUGCUGUUUGGAAACUGUUAAACAUCUAUAUUUAAAAAUAAUUUUGUAUUGAUCUGCAUUUUCAUUACCUCAAGACUAUUUGCAAUUUUUACAUCAUCUUAUAACAAAUUUUAAAAAUUUAUUUUAGUAACUAAAUGCAUCUGCAUUUUGAGAAAAGUAAUCUUAAAAUUCCAGUAUCAUAUCAAAACUAGUAGUUAAUUUAAUAGCAUCUAAAAACAUUAUUGCAUUUUCUGAAAAGUGCCACUCUGGCAAUGCAGUAACAUGGAUUAAAACCAGUACAGUUUUUCAUAAAUCUAAUUAAAUCUGUGAAGGUGUAUUCUAAAUUUUUGUCUUUAAUAAUAAUAAAAAAAUCCUCAUAAAAUUUAUACAUAUUUUAAUGUGCAAAAUAAUCAUAGUAUAAAUAAAAACUAUACAUUUUAUUUCUAGUGAAAAGGAACAGCUUGAAAGGGCAUUAGUUGAUGAAUUGUUUAGUGUAUAGCUUUAUGUAAAGGCUUUAAUAAAUUCCAUUAUUUUACUAUAAAAGGAAAUCAGCACUCAAAUAUAUUCAAUAUAUUUACACAAUGGGAUAGAAACAUGCACCUUCAUGUAUAAUUUUUAGUUCAAAUCUUGGUAAAAGGAUAAAGUUUUUUUCAGAUGUUAAUUUAAAAAAGGAAAUUAAAAUGUUUUGCUUGUGUUCUUUAUUUAUCCAGUACUCAAUCAAAAGUAUAUUUCAGUAAUCUGAAACAAGUUAUGUAACACUUUAAUGAAAUUAUAUUAGCAUUCUAUUAAAAACUGUUUUAAAGAGCAGUAUUUAUUGUGAGUAUUUGAACAUCAAGUAAGACAAGACAUAAAAUGUUUUGAAACUUUAUACUAUAAGACCUCAGUUAUCUGAAUUAACUUAAAAAAGAAUACCAUUUGAUAUAAUCAUAGGACUGAAAAACUACAUAUAUUUCUCAACAAAUAAAUAAAUUACACCGAUUAAAAUUUUUACUCCUUAAAGUAAUUCUAACAUUUUUCCGACAGAGGAAUAUAUUUCUGACUAAAAAGAAGGCCUUUACUAUUUCAGUUUCAUAUGCGUAUUUUAUUAAAUAUAAUUUAAAUUUUCAAACUAGCUGAUAUCAAAAAUUUAUAAAAUUAGACAACUGAACUCCUGUGGUAUUUUUAAUUUAUGCAUUAUUAUCAGAAUACAAAUUUGGUAUUUAAUUCAUCUUUUAUUGCUUGUUUUAGUGAUAUUAUUCAAUGACUAUAUGCCUAGUUUUAGUUUCUGUCACCCUUUUUAUUCUCACAUGUAAUUUUGCGCAGUUGUCCAAAGCUGCUUUUUAUGAAAUAAGAAUUAUACUGUGCUGUGUGCCACAAAUACAAAAUAAUGUGAAAGUUAAACUGUUCCAGUUGAUUGAAAGGACAUUUGACUCUUCACAUGACUUUUUGGUUACAUUGUACCAUUCAUAUUUAAGAUUAAAAAGUAAAUUUUUUAAAAAGUGGUUUAUCUCUUCAUAUGUUUCUUGACUGUUCACAUAACAUUUAUUUAUCCUGAUAUGUUUUUCCUUAAAAUAUUUUAGAAUUAUCAUUUUAAAUUAGUGUGUUUUAUAUUUCUGCCCUUUUGUGUGUUUAAAAUGUUUUUCUUCGUGUUUUGAUUCAUAUGGCUAAUUGGUUUCAAGAAUGAUAAGCCAUGAUUUCAGCACUUAUGUAUUUGUACGUAUUGUGGAGUUUUGUUGGAUGUGAAGUUGUAAUUACUGUUAAUGGAUGCAUAUCUACCAUUCAUAGUAAUUACUUGUAGUUGGUGUACUAUUGAAUCAUACUGGAUUGUUCUCCAUGAAAGAUAUGUUUGGAAAAUAAAAAUUUCAUCCCUAA